UAAAAAUAUUUAUUACUUGUUUUUGUUUGAUAAUAAAAACGAAUUUAUUAUAAAUCUAACAGAAUUUAUAUACAACGAAACAGUUUGCAUCAAAUUGUGAGCGCAGGGGUCAAAGUGUUCUUUUUUGUAAUACACAAUAAAACAAUAACAAUUUGACUACGACGAUAAACACAACAAAAAAAACAAAAAAAACAAAAAACAAAAUUAGGUGAAUUUUCUAACGACAAUGGAUAAGCCCACUACGUCGACUUCAUCAUCGUCCGCAGUGGCUGUUGCAGAUGGAGCAAGUGCUGCAGCGAGCAGCAAAGUUACAGCAACAUCUGCCGCAACAACCACCACAGUCAAUAGCAAUGUGACAAGUGUUAAACUCUUAAUUAAGGCCUCAAAUCAACUACACGAUGAUCAAGUUGUUGAGAGUGAUUUACUUUGGACUGUACAACGUCUUAAGAUGCAAUUGUCUUUGGUUUACCCAAGCCAGCCGCCUGUAGCAGAACAGAAGCUUAUUUACUCAGGACAACUACUAAAUGAUAAGCUCUUGCUUAAAGACGUUAUACGCAGUUAUAAGGAUGUUUAUACACAAAACCACAUAUUUCAUUUAGUUUACACGCCUGCUUCAGUACGAUCACCACCACCUCAAGCUGCAAAAUCAAUACGAAACAAUACUAUGACUUCCAAUAGAGACAUAAACACUAAUAUGGCUUCGACUAAUAUGGGCUCAGCGACAGAUGGUUUACGGCAUCGAAAUGUAUAUUCAGCUACGCAACCACAAUACACUUUGCAACAAAACCAACAGCAUAGUCAGCAGGACCAACAACGCCAAAACCAACAGACACAGCAACAACAACAGCAACAGCAAUCAGUGCAUCAACCGCAGCCAUGGGCAGGAUACUAUGCAAAUGCACCACAAUUUAAUCCGCACAUAAUGCCAGUAUCAGCUGCUUAUGCACAAGCCCCUCUUGCACAGAGUUGCCCACCAUUUGAUACAAACAAUCCAAUGAACCAGUGGACUAUGCAAGUAAUGGCCACGCAACAAGCUGCUAUGUACAAUUGGAUGCAGCAUGUGUAUUCACAAUAUAUGGAUCGUUGCAUACAAGUCUCAAACGCAUCGCAGAAUAAUACAACUGAACCUACUAUACCAAUAAAUCAUGCCUUUCAGGCACCAUAUGGAUAUUCCAAUUUUGGCGUACCUCUGAUACCAAAUCCUAGUGCGUUUAAUAUUAAUGCACAUCAGCCGCAAAACCAAAUGCAGCAAAGCGCUGAAAAUAUUGUUGGAAGUGAACCUAAUGUUGAACCAGUAGAUGUACAAGCACAGGAACGGCCUGAGGCAGUACUACAAAGACCACGUUUUCCUAACAUUGUACAAGAGGAACAGGAAAAUCGAGACUGGUUGGAUAGGUUCUUUUCAAUAACACGCUUAGCUUUCUUCCUGACUAUUUUGUAUUUUAACUCAUCGCCAUUGCGUUGUUUAGCUGUAGUUUUUAUUGCUGGCGGAAUUUAUCUUAAUCAUAUUGGCGUGUUUCGUUUUCGACCAGAACGCAAUAACAAUAAUAUAAAUCGCAACAAUAACGAUCAAAUACGCCAAGGUGUCGAGGAAGUACAGCAGGCUCAAGCACAAGCUGCUCAAGAGAUACAAAAUGAGAGUGCAUCAAAUACUGAUCCCACCGAAGAAAAUUCAGCAAAUCGUAGUGAAGACGUUGAGAGUAAUGCAACAGAAGAACCUGCUGUUAAUGCUGAAGCCACCGAUGAAGAGCAACCACAACAUGCUUCUUCUGCUGAUACUCCUGGUGACGAUGCAGAACCAAAUGCAGCAGCUCUACCAAAUGUUGGCGUUCUAACAUUUGUACGUACAUUUGUGCUAACAUUUUUUGCCUCAUUGCUUCCAGAGACGCCAGCAUUGUAAAUUAUGGUCAAACUACAACAUAAGACAGAAAUAAUAUAACAAAGACAAGCAAAGCGGAAAGAGAGGGCAAAUUAAAAUAUUUUUAUUUAGUAUACCAUUAACUUGGAAGGAUAUGUAAAGCACUGAUAGUUUGUUUUUCUACAUUUUUAACAAGAAUUUGCUUCAACUCUCAACCAUUCCCUAUUUUAAUACACUUCCAGACUUUUCUAUUUUUAUAAAAGGGAAGUACUAAGUAUUUUUAGCUAAUAUUAAUUACUAAAAUACGUGAGAAACAGUCAUUGGUGUUAUUAUGUUUGAGUUUAAAUAGGAAUUUGAUUCAAUAUGUUGUCAACUUAGUACUUCUAUAUAUUAUCAAAAUGUUUGUCGAAGAUUUUUUGGCAUAUAUAAUAU